AUGGACUUCCCCGGCGGCUCCGUACCCUUCACCCCCACCCUCACGUUUGUGGGCGGCACCUUCUCGCCCCGUGCCCCGCUGCCCUGCUACCGCACCAUCGACGCGGCGGGGCACGCGGUGGGGGAGGCGGACGUGCCGCACGUGCUGGGGCAGGACACUGCGGUACGCAUGUACCAAACCAUGGUCAAGCUGCAAACCGUGGACACCAUCUUUUACGAGGCCCAGCGCCAGGGCCGCUUCUCCUUCUACAUGACCAGCAGCGGGGAGGAGGCAACGGCCAUCGGCUCAGCGGCGGCGCUGACCAACGACGACGUGGUGUUCAGCCAGUACCGCGAGCAGGGCGUGAUACUGUACCGCGGAUUCUCGGUCCAGGACAUGGCCCACCAGUGCUUUGGCAACAUGCACGAGCAGGGGCGGGGCCGGCAGAUGCCCAUCCACUACGGCAGCAAGGCGCUCAACUUCCACACCAUCUCCUCCACCCUCGCCACCCAGCUGCCGCACGCGGUGGGCGCCGCGUACGCGCUCAGGCUGGACAAGAAGCAGGCGUGCUCGGUGGCAUACUUUGGGGAGGGGGCGGCCUCGGAGGGCGACUUCCACGCCGCCAUGAACUUCGCCGCCACGCUGGGGGCGCCCGUCGUCUUCAUCUGCCGCAACAACGGCUGGGCCAUCAGCACACCCGCCACAGACCAGUACCGGGGCGACGGCAUCGCGGGGCGCGGCCCCGGCUACGGGAUGGCGGCACUGCGGGUGGACGGCGGGGAUGCGCGGGCGGUGUUCAAUGCCACGGCAGAGGCGAGGCGCAUCGCGAUAGAGGAGCACGUGCCGGUGCUGGUGGAGGCGAUGAGCUACCGAAGCGGCCACCACUCCACCUCAGACGACAGCUCCAGGUACCGCGCAGCGGAGGAGAUGCGGCAGUGGCGGGCGCGAGACCCCGUCACCCGCUUCCAGCGCUGGCUGAUCGACCAGGGGUGGUGGGACGAUGCCCAGGACACGGCGGCGCGGCAGGAGGCGCGCAGGGAAGUGAUCCAGGCGCUGGAGACAGCACAGAAGGCGCCCAAGCCGCCGCUGUCGGCCAUGUUUAGCGACGUGUAUGCGGAGAUGCCGUGGCACCUGGCCAGGCAGCAGGCGGAGGUGUUUGCCCACGUGACGGCCCACCCAGACGCCUGCCCUGCAGACAUCCCUGUAAAGUAG